AGGAUCUGGAAAAGUUUAUUCGAUCAUAUUCCGGUCGGGGUCGGUUCCAAAGGUAUUAUACCGAUGAAUGCCAAAGAUUUGGAAGAAGCUUUGGAAAUGGGAAUGGACUGGUCGCUGCGAGAAGGAUACGUCUGGGCUGAAGAUAAGGAACAUUGUGAAGAGUAUGGACGCAUGUUGAGUGCCGAUCCGUCAAAGGUCAGUAUGCGUGCAAAGAAGCGAGGUCUACCACAGUUGGGAACAUUGGGUGCAGGGAAUCACUACGCCGAGAUUCAAGAGGUUGACGAAAUCUACGAUAAAUUUGCGGCGAGCAAAAUGGGAAUUGAAGAUAAAGGGCAAGUUUGUGUGAUGAUUCAUUCAGGAAGUCGAGGCUUCGGUCAUCAAGUUGCUACGGAUGCAUUGGUUCAAAUGGAAAAGGCAAUGAAACGUGACAAAAUUGAAACCAACGAUCGACAACUAGCUUGUGCACGGAUCAAAUCCACCGAGGGACAAGACUAUCUAAAGGCCAUGGCUGCUGCAGCAAAUUUCGCUUGGGUUAACCGAAGUUCGAUGACAUUUUUGACUAGACAGGCCUUUGCAAAACAGUUCAAAACUACCCCGGAUGACCUGGAUAUGCAUGUCAUUUACGACGUGUCACAUAACGUUGCCAAAAUUGAAGAGCACAUGGUAGAUGGAAAACAAAAAACGCUUCUGGUCCAUCGAAAAGGCGCUACAAGAGCCUUCCCGCCACAUCACCCAUUGAUACCAGUCGACUAUCAAUUUACUGGUCAGCCAGUGCUGGUUGGUGGCACUAUGGGAACUUGCAGUUACGUUUUGACGGGAACCGAAAAAGGAAUGAGCGAAACGUUUGGCUCGACGUGUCAUGGAGCGGGACGAGCUCUGUCGCGCGCCAAGUCACGCAGAAAUUUAGAUUAUUUGGACGUGCUCGAAAAUAUGAAAUCUCUUGGCAUAGCGAUACGCGUUGCAUCACCGAAAUUGGUAAUGGAAGAGGCACCAGAGUCCUAUAAAAAUGUUACCGACGUUGUUGAUACUUGUCAUGCCGCUGGAAUUAGCAAAAAAUGCAUUGAGUUGAGACCGAUCGCUGUAAUCAAAGGGUAA